GGUUUUUCUUCGCAAUCAAAGCUCAAUUUUUCCGUCGAUUUUUAUCGCUCUAGAAAGCUCAGAGGUUUCCUGGGGUUCAAGGGUUUCGGUUCGACGAGUUCGAGCUCGAUUCCCGCCAUUUUUUUGCUGGUCUGGGGGGUUUUAGAGCUUUGAUGGAUCUGGGUGUUUAUUGUUAUGCUGUAAUUGGUUAGGAGGUUGCUGAGUUUGUAUUGAAUUUUGGUGACUGUAUUGAUUGGAAGCCAAGGUGAGCAAAAGAUGGAUGAGGAGAGAAUAGAGGAUUGUUGCCCUGAGAAUAAGCAAUCAAUUGCUGCUUCGAGCUCUUCAGUUUCUGAGAAUAGUGGCAGUGUUAAUCUCAAGUCACCAGGGGUAUCUAGCCCUGCCCCUUCUUCACCUGUGCAUCGGAGAACAAGUGGUCCUAUAAGACGAGCAAAGGGUGGCUGGACUCCUGAGGAGGACGAUACAUUAAAAAAGGCUGUUGCAGCUUUUAAAGGGAAGUGCUGGAAGAAAAUUGCUGAAUUUUUUCCUGAUAGAUCAGAAGUACAAUGCCUGCAUCGAUGGCAGAAGGUUCUAAAUCCUGAACUUGUUAAAGGACCAUGGACUCAGGAGGAGGAUGAUAAAAUCAUUGAACUUGUAGAGAAGUAUGGCCCUACAAAAUGGUCUAUCAUUGCUAAGUCAUUACCUGGUCGAAUAGGAAAACAAUGCCGUGAAAGGUGGCAUAACCAUUUGAAUCCAAAUAUUAAAAAAGAUGCUUGGAUAUUAGAGGAGGAGCUAGCACUUAUAAAUGCUCAUCGAGUUCAUGGGAAUAAAUGGGCUGAAAUAGCAAAAGUCUUACCUGGAAGGACUGACAAUGCUAUCAAGAAUCACUGGAAUAGCUCUUUGAAGAAGAAGUUAGAUUUUUAUUUGGCUACAGGAAAUUUACCUCCUCUUGCGAAGAAUGUCUCCCAAAAUACUUGUAAAGACAUCAGCAGAACAACUCCAACUGAAAAGGGGCUUGAAUGUUUAAGUAAGCGAUCUGAUUCAACAGAGUUAGCUUCAUCAGGAACAACAGAUGUCUGUAAAAUAGUAGAUGGUAAGAUUCAUCUGGAAGGCAGAAGUGCAAUUGUGGACAUGGGUGCUUCAACCAGUAGUCCUCAAAUUGAGUCUGCUGAUUCUGAAGAUGCACCAUGUGAGGUGAAGUCAUCAGUUUGUAAGUCACAAUCAAAUACAACUCCACAACUAAUUACAACUCACGCUAGUUCUAGUACAGAAAUUUUGGAUAGAUCCAGGAGUAUUGGUGAAAGAGAGCAGUUUAGGGAGAUUGAAACAUCUUGUGAAAUCCCUAUAUAUGGUAGCUUAUACUACGAACCCCCACAAUUAGGAAGUUUUGUUACACUGGAUUCAGAUUUUCUGAAUCUUUGCUGGGUCAAUCCUGAACGUGAUCUAAACCUAGGUUUUUCUCCCACUUUUCCAACUCCACCCAGUGUGAAGCAUAGCAAUUUAUGUGUACAGACCCCAGAAUCUAUAUUGAAAAUUGCUGCUCAAAGCUUCCGAAACACACCUUCUAUAUUACGGAAGCGGAAGACUGAAUCUCAGUCAUCCACACCAUCCAAUAAAAUUGGAAAGGCAGAUGAUGAUGGAUUGGAUGACAUUCAACUUAGCAAUACAAAACCUUUUAAUGCAUCUCCUCCAUACCGGUUAAGAUCUAAACGUACUUCUGUUCUCAAGUCUGUGGAGAAGCAGCUUGAUUUUACAUUCAGCAAAGAGCAGGAUGACAACUGCCCCACCACAUCUGGUGGUUCAACUGUAAAGCAGAUCUCUCAAGCAACCAAAGCUAUGUCAGAUGAAUAGAUGAGCGUUAUCUAGACCAUUUUCUCUUAUGACAGUGCCGUGCUAACUAGCCAAGGCCAUUGAGGUUUCAGACAUUGCAAGUCAUGCUGAAAGAGAUCAACGCUCUCCAUCCAGAAAUAGCAAUUUGGAGAUGUGUAGCAAGUGCAUGAAGAUACUUUCUUCAUUUUACCACAAGAACUACUUUGGGGACUUGUAGGCAUUUGGCCACUGGUUUAUAUGUAAAUUUUGUACCAAUGACUUCAGUUUUUUUGGGGAAGAACAGUAAGUUGCAUUGGAUUUGUACAGAAACAUAGUCAUAAAGUGGUUCUCAGAACCACGGCAGUUUUUAGGUGGGGAAUAACAUAACUUGUGUAAUAGAGGAUUAGUUAGUUUCGUUCUUAAAUUUUCAUAAAAAGGAAAAAUUAUCUUAAAUUUGAUUUUGAUGGUCGUA